CGACAACAAAAAUAACAGUCGACAAUGAAGGGGCUUUCAUCUGUUGUCGUCUUCAAAUACUUGACGAUCUUCAUAGUGGUCGCCAGCGCUCGUCGCUUGGAGGAUGGCGGUUCGAAUUUUGCCGGCGAAUUUCUUUCUGAUGCGGAAGUAUGCGAAAUGCAAGAGGAAGCAUGGCCGAGUCAGCUGGGGGAAUGGUUCGGAGCGCAGCAUUCGUGCGAAUGCAAUGGUGCUUCCGAUGAAGAAGGCGUUGACGUCGUCGAGACGAAAUGUAAAGCAACCGAGCAAUUUUGUUGCCCUGAUACAGGCCGAUGCCACGAAGCCCGUCGAGAGCACUACAACAUGAAAGCCAAAGACGUCAACCGGACUACCGAUCAAGGGGGUGACUGGUUUUGGACAUCCGGAGUGGAAGCAAAUAUGUACUGCUACACAUACUUGGGUGACGAUCUACCAAACGGACGGGUAGAGAUUUGCGAAGACACCGAUUUUGAUCCCGACGCGCCUGGAAACGAGUGGAGCUGCGACAUGAUCAACAAUGGCGAAAAAUGUCAAGAGUGUUCCCAGUGUGAAGAUGACGACGCUACCACCAACUUUGAUUGUUCCAAUAUUGCCGGCAUAGAUGACAUUCCUGCCGAUAUCUUUCCCAAAACUGGAAUCUGCUAUCGCUUCAAUGGAGCGGAGUGUGCUUCCGCCUUUAUCACCAAGCCCUUAUCGGUGCAAGCGACAAAUGGCGGAGAUUCCGGCAGUACGAACGCCGUUCUGUCAGGUCUGUGUUUUGUUAUUGCGAUUUUGAUGGUUUUUGGUAAGGACGUUUGAUGCACUUUACCGUUCCGCUGGGUAUAUUAGACGUGAUCGCCUUCUCAAAUAAUAUUGCAUGUGAUGAUCGCUGGAUGUACCAACCCCAACAAUGUGAAUUUUAUUCUGUGGUCGGGGACACCGAAAUUCCGAUAAUCUAGAAAAUGAACGAUUGAUAACACUAGCGUCUUACCUGUAAAACACUUUUCCCUCGUCAAGAUCUAGAAGGCCGAGUUACUCGAGAAAUGAUUCGAGUUUCCGUUCGUUAGGCUG